UGGUUUUACCACAAGUGAGACCGAUGAGGUACUAAAGCGAGUUAUUAACCAUGAGUGCUUUGUGCUGUCUCGUGAUCAUAUUUACCACUAUGAAUCAUGGCGCUCUACUCAAAUUACCACAGCAAAGUGAGGAGAAGGAGGUCUAUGAUCGCCAUUAUUGGUAUGCUCAAGCAGAGCAAACGCUCCAAAAGCGUUUACAGUACGCUACGGACAAGAAACCAAUUGCCAAAAACAUCAUUCUUGUGGUGGGUGACGGUAUGAGCCUGACGACAUCCACAGCGGCGAGGAUAUUGCGAGGUCAACGGAAGGGCCUCCCCGGAGAGGAUACAGAUUUAGUUUGGGAUACAUUUCCCGCAGUCGCUCUAGCUAAGACGUAUAAUAUUGACGUUCAAACGGGCGAGUCAUCAGCUUGCGCCACGGCACUUCUCUGCGGAGUCAAAGCGCGAUAUGAAACUCUGGGUAUCGACGCUGGAGGACGAUUUAACAACUGCGCAUCGACUAUUAACACCAAAGUCACAUCAUUAAUAGAUUGGGCACACGCUGCAGGCAAAUGGAGUGGGAUUGUAACAACAUCUAGAGUGACGCACGCGACACCCGCGGCGUUGUACGCUCACUCACCGUCCCGGUUCUGGGAGGACGACAGCCGCGUUCCACCAACCGUCCGACGAGACUGUAAAGAUAUUGCCCUCCAGCUUCUAGAAAAUGAACCAGGCAGAAGUAUAAAAGUAAUUUUGGGAGGUGGAAGAAGACAUUUCUUGCCAACAAUUACAAUGGAUCCGGAGCAUCCAGACAAAGAAGGGAAAAGACUUGAUGGACGUAACCUUGCGGAGGAUUGGCUCAGAGACAAAAUGAAGAGACGACAACGUGCCCAGUACAUUUAUUCGCGGGAUCAACUCUCCAAAGUCGAUCCACUAACAACUGAUUAUUUAUUAGGUUUAUUCGAGUACAGUCAUAUGGACUUUAACGUUGAUCGUGAUGUCGUACACGAAGACGAGACUUCAAAAACGAAGAAAGAGAGCGAUCCUUCGCUCGCUGACAUGACUAGAAAAGCACUGUCCAUACUACUGAAGAAUGAAAAAGGAUUUUUCUUGUUUAUUGAAGGAGGAAGAAUUGAUCACGGUCAUCAUAACAAUAAUCCGUACAGAGCUCUUGAUGAAACAUUGGAAAUGGAAACUGCGCUCCUAGCUGCAUUGGAACUAGUUAAUACCGCAGAGACGUUAGUAGUAGUUACAGCUGAUCACGGGCAAGUAAUGACUUUUGGAGGUCUAUCCACACCUAGAGGACAUCCAAUUCUAGGUGCCGAUUCAGUUAUAUCAGAUGUUGAUGAUUUGGGGUACACAACAAUACUCUACGGGACUGGCCCUGGCCAUUCUGAACCACGGACGUUGCCAAGCAGCGGCACUAAGUUUAUAGCGAAGCAUGAUGUAGUACACGCUGCCGCUGUACCUAAGAUGUGGUCUACACAUGGUGGAGAAGAUGUACCUGUUUAUGCUUUAGGUCCUAUGGCGACAAUAUUAUUUGCGGGUGUGGUGGAGCAAAGCUAUAUACCGCAUGCGAUAGCUUAUGCAGCCUGUCUAGCUCAUCAAUCACAUCGAUGUAUUACCAAUAAUACAACCGAAAGAAAGGUUACUCAGAAUUGCAGUCAACCAGAGGUAACGCAGGGAUCUAUUGUUGAAGAAACAAGGAACAACGAAACAAGAAAACGUAAUAUUAUCGUUGCUUCUAGUGUUAUGUCCGAUGAACGAAUUCGUUCGUCUGCUCAAGACUUCAAAUCUUUUGUGAUAUCCAUAUAUCACAUUAACGUUUUAUCACUAUGUCUAAUGACAAAUUACUUAAGUAAAGGUUAAGUUUAGUUCAUUAUGAACGGUUUUGACGGCCUCUACAGGACAGAUGUAUAAAGUUUGUUACAUCUGAGUUUUCAAAGAAAAUGUUAAUCUUUUGUAAAUGUUUUA